UGAAACCCAACUCCUCGCCACUCAAAAAAAGGAAAGAAAAAAGCGAAACCCUCGACUCCAUUUCCUCCCAAAUCCCAAACCCCCAUGGACGAGCUCGCCGGCGACCGCCGCCGCGCCGAUUCGGCGCCUCCGCUUCCGCAUCUCCCCGAAGACCUGCUCGUGGAGAUCCUCCUCCGCCUCCCGCCGGAGCCCAUCCACCUCUUCCGCGCCUCCUUCGUCUCCAAGCACUGGCGCGGCCUCGUCCACGACGCCCGCUUCCUCCGCCACUUCCGCGACUUCCACCGGGGGACGCCUCCCGUCCUCGGCUUCUUCAGCAACCAGCCGGUGUCUCCCUUCUUCGUCCCCACCUCCGACGGCUUCGCCGUCCCCGCCGCCGCCACGAUGCGCCACGGCGAGUGGUGGGCCCUCGACUGCCGCCACGGCCGCGCCCUCCUCCUGGACCAACGACACGGAAGGCUCCUCGUCUGGGACCUCAUGAACGGCGACAAGCACUACCUGCCGUUCCCCACACAGGCCCAUCUGGAGGGCGUUGAGUACAAUGGCGCGGUCCUCUGCGCGGCUGGCCACGCCGACCACGGCGACUGUCAUUCGUGCCCGUUUCUCGUGGCGUUCGUGUUCAAUCAGCAGAGUGAUUUCAAUACCUCCGCGUGCGUCUACUCGUCCGAGACAAGCGUUUGGGGUGAGAUCCACUCGAUCGAAAUUCCAGAUGUAUCAGUUACAUGGGCUCCGACGCCACUUAUUGGAAAUACACUCUACUGGAUUUUGGAUACCUCUGGCGGCGCUAUCGAAAAUGAGUGUUGGAUCGUUGAGUUUGAUUUGGAUGCACACAAUUUGGAUUUAACUGGGGAGAUUCCAUACUACGUGCUCGAUAAGUACAAUAGGCAAAUUGUUCUCAUGCCAGCAGAUGAUGGACGGCUUGGUUUCGCCGGAGUUGACACAUUCAGUCUCCAUUUGUGGUCAAGUAUAGCUUGCGUUGACGGGAUGGUAACAUGGGCACAUUGCAGAGUCAUUGAUCUGGAGAAUUUUCUUGCACCGGAAGCAGUGGCGGCGUGUCAGUAUGUACCAGAUGCAGUUGGCUAUGCUGAAGAUGCCAAUGUGAUCUUCAUUCGUGUGGAUCCAAACAUCUAUAUGAUCCAUCUCAACACCAUGCAGAUUGAGGAGGUUUCAGAGAAAGGGGCCUAUUGGUUUGUUUUUCCUUACACAAGUUUCUACACUCCAGGAAUCACCACUGGUGGUGGAGAUGAUCAAGCUGAGCCGUUAAACGACUGUUGAGAUGAUUGUGCUUUCACACCUGCAGUCACACUUUGUUGGUCUAAGAGGUACCCAGGUUCUUUGUUGCUGUGACUAAAUGCAGAAACAACUUACCCAUGCUGGUUAGUACUUCCCUCCGUCCCAAAAUAAGUGUCUCAACUUAAAGUUAGUACAAAGUUGAGACACUUAUUUUGGGACGGAGGGAGUAUUUUGUAAAUGUUGACGGCUCAAUGUGGCUGUACAAGUCGCUGAAUGUGAUGCUAACCUUGCAAAAGGUGUCGAAUUAAUCGUGGGAUGUUAUCUUUAGCGAUUCUAUAUGCAUUAACCAACUUUACCAGCGCUUGGUAAAAUGUAAGUCAUACUUCAGAAUAUUGUUGUUGAGAAGAUGGCAUUUGUUUGGCCUCUUGAGUGUUCCGUUUGUGGCUCUAGUUACGCUUGAUGUCGCAUUUGUGCCGAACCGGUGUGUUAGAUUUUCUUCGGUCCGUAAUCCUGCUCUCUAGAUAUAUAAUAUGAUUUGUGCGCAUGUCUGCUACAGUAAGCUAUGUGAUGUGUUAGGUUCAACUCUGCUGUUCCAGGCGAGUGGCUGUGAUGCAGUUCUUUUAGCAAAUUGAAAUUGAGCUUUGGAUGAGUAUGUUUUUCA